GAGCCCCUGCUCAUCGUGACGCCUGCGGCGAUCCGGGACCUGAUCAGCAAGUGGACCAUGGAGAGCGGCGUCCGGUCCCUGGAGCGCCGGCUCGCGCAGCUGUGCCGGUGGGCCGCGCUGCAGCUGGAAGGGGCGCGCGCUCGCUCCUCCGAGCGCAUGGAGUCCGAGCGCCUGGCCGAGGAGGCGCUGCGGGAGUGUGGCCCGGACGCCAGCGGGCGCCUCACCGUGGAUGCUCACCACCUACCGCAUAUUCUUGGCGCGGAGAUGUUCGAGCCCGAGGUGGCCGAGCGCUUGGUCGUGGGCGUGUCCAUGGGGCUCGCGGUGACCACCGCGGGUGGCAACUUGCUCUUCGUGGAGGCCACGCGCUCCAACGGCAGCGGGCGCCUGACCAUCACCGGGCAGCUGGGGGACGUCAUGCGCGAGAGCGUGAGCACGGCCAUGUCCUUGCUGCGCAGCAAGAUCUACAGUGCCGCGCUCGCGGGGACCAGGGAG